AUGGCAACAUCCGCACAAGGCAGAAAUCAAUCUUCUUCCUCCUCGACACCAAUUAAAAAAUGGACGUAUGACGUGUUUGUAAGCUACAGAGAAGAAGACACCGGCAAGAACUUCACCGAUCACCUCUACUCUAGACUAAAGGGUGACGGAAUAUCUACAUUCAGGGAUAAAAAUGAAUUGAAAAGAGGCGAGAAAAUUUCAUCCGAGCUUUUUGAAGCAAUUCUUGGAUCCAAUAUUUGCAUAAUUGUUUUCUUCAGAAACUAUGCGGCUUCCAAAUGGUGUAUGGAUGAACUUGUGGAGAUAAUGAAAUGUAGGAAGCAACUUUGUCAAUGGGUACCCAUAUUUUACAAAGUCAAUCCAUCAGAUGUCCGGAAAUGA